AUGCCCAGGGUGAAAUACUUGAACGAAGACUUAGAAGAUGAAGUCCAGGACAGCAUAAGAAACACAAUUCAUACGGGCAUAUAUUCACACAAGCACCUGGAUACGUCGCAAGUGCAAGUGACAGUCCCAGUCAAAGUGACACGAGAUGGCGAACUCGUGUCACGCACAGUGGAACACGCACACGAGCAUGGACACGCGCGGGCACGCCGUGACCUUCACCAACUGGAACACCGCCUGCCGCCCUCGCUGCAUUACAACCUCACCGUCGAUGGCCGCGAACUGAGGCUGGACCUUAGGCCAUCGGUAACAUUCAUAACACCAGCGAUGAUAGUGGAGCGUCAUGGCGCGAGUGGACGCACGCGACAGAGGCCACAGCCUUCUUCAACCUCAUGUCACUACACGGGUUCCGUCCGAGGUCAACCGACAUCCAGUAUUGCUAUUUCCGCUUGUGAUGGAUUGGCGGGCCUAUUACGGACAGAGCACGGAGAAUACUGGAUCGAGCCAUCCAAUCAAGUUCCCACUGAUAAUUCCGCGGGGCGACCACACGUAAUAUUUAAGCGUUCCGCUGUAGACAAAGUUAAGGCAUUUCAUCGAGCGAAGAGAGAAAUCGAUAGCAGAAAGAAUCCCAAUAUUUCUUACUCUAGAUACAAUAAUAAAAAAGAAAGCACUAUAAAUUCCAAACGAUACUCAAACUUGAAUAGAAGUCGCAGUAGCAAAGAGGCUAAGGAUCAACGCAGACGAGAAUAUUUGGAAGAGAGACGAAAACGACUUGAAGCCAUGCGCCGUAACCCGACUGAAUACAGAAGGCAUCAAGCAAGGUUACGAAUGGAGCAAAGACGAUUACAAUCAACUUCAAGGAGUAACUCGGUAGAAGCCAGUAACUCUUAUGAAUCCAGUGCAAAAAGUAAAAGUAUGGAAAAGGUGAUGGAAGGAUUGAGACUACGACGCGUUAGAAAUAGACGAAGAAGGCGUAAAAGAUCGAAGAACUGCGCUACAAAGCAACCUCCAUAUCAAUGGAAGACCAAGAAUUUACAAGUACAUAAUGAAAAACUCUUAAGUAGUUACAGAAAUAAUAAGAACAGUCGCCGAAAAAUGAUUUAUCAGCAUAUACAUGACAGAAGCUUGAACAGCAUGAGACGGUCCACACGUUCAGUUAGCAGGCCACGUCACGUUGAAGUGCUGCUGGUCGCUGACAAAUCUAUGACCGACUUUCACGACCAGGGCAGCCUGGAAACAUAUCUCCUCACUAUUAUGAAUAUGGUUUCAUCGCUGUACAUGGAUCCCUCUAUCGGCAAUUAUAUCAAAGUCGUUGUAGUUAAGAUCAUACUAGUUGAAGAAAUGCAAGCAGCACCAGAAUUAGAAGUAUCAACAAAUGCUGAUGCCACUCUUGUGUCUUUUUGUCGAUGGCAACAACAACUUAAUCCAGAUAAUGACGAUAAUCCUCAUCACCAUGACGUCGCCAUCUUAGUCACUAGGCAGGAUAUAUGCAGCCAACAUGACACCCCUUGUAGUACACUGGGAGUGGCGCACGUGGCAGGGAUGUGCAAACCCGACCGCAGCUGCUCCGUUAACGAGGACAAUGGCAUCAUGCUUGCGCAUACCAUCACACACGAGCUUGGGCACAACUUCGGUCUGUAUCAUGAUACGGAAAAAAUUGGUUGUCAUCGACGUGAGGGUUCAACACUCCACAUAAUGACUCCCAUUUUCGAGGCCGACAUAGUCCAGGUUGCUUGGUCACGGUGCAGCAAGCGUGACGUUACCAAUUUUCUUGACGCCGGUUUAGGCGAAUGUCUCAGCGAUAGACCGUCACAACAAGAGUACGUGUAUCCAGAAGUUCCAGCAGGUGUAACCUUCGAUGCGGCCACACAAUGUCAUCUGCAAUUCGGAGCUGAAGCUGUAGUGUGUGCUAAGCCGACCGAGCUGUGCGAACACCUUUGGUGCCUCGUGAAUAACACUUGCAAAACUAUGCUGCGACCGGCUGCGCCAGGCACAACCUGCGGUGUGAACAUGUGGUGCCAGAACCAGACAUGCGUGCCGCGCAGUCCGUCCCCGGAGCCAAGAGACGGCGGCUGGGGCGAGUGGAGCGAGUGGAGCGAGUGCUCGCGCACGUGCGGCGCCGGCGUUUCCACGCAGUCGCGCGAGUGCAACAAGCCCGAGCCGCUCAACAACGGCGCCUACUGCAUCGGCGACAGGAGUCGGUACAAAGUUUGUAACACAGAUCCGUGUCCGAUCAACGAGCCAACGUUCAGAGAGGUGCAGUGUUCUAAGUACAACAACAUGACGUACAACAAUGAAACCAUCACAGAGUGGAUACCUUACUUCGAUCAAGAUAAACCAUGUGAACUACAAUGCAUUCCUCGGAACCGAAACGAUGUGGAGAUGCUGGGUGGAUUUGUGGCUGACGGGACGCCGUGCAAGCAAAACCUGGGCGCCAGAGACAUGUGCAUAUCAGGUGUGUGCUAUAAGGUUGGCUGUGACUGGAUUGUGGACUCUGAUUUGGAGGAAGACGCGUGCGGCGUGUGUGGCGGUAACGGGUCUGCGUGCAAGACUGUGCUCGGCAUCUACAAUAAAGAUACCACAAGGCAGUCUGGCUUAAGUGAGGUUGCAGUAAUUCCAGCCGGUUCGAGAAACGUUAAGAUUCAAGAGAAAGUUAGCCCCGGAAACUACAUUUCCAUAAGGAGCGCUAAAUCAAGAAGAAUGUAUCUUACCGGAGCUCGAAACGCUACUGUGUCGGAGUACUUCGUGGCAGGAGCUCCAGCGAUCUACGAGAGAGAUCGGGACUGGGAAAAAGUACGAAUUAGUGGACCUCUUGCCGAAGAUAUAAAAGUUUUUCAACGGAUCUUUGGAGGUAAGCAUCGCAACCCUGGCGUGACAUACCAGUACACGGUGGACAAGCAACAGUUGCGGCGGCGAUUCUCCUACCGAAUGUCGGAAUGGUCGGCCUGCUCGGUUACCUGCGGCGAUGGCUACAUGCGCCGCUACUACGAAUGCGUCGACGAACACAACCGCGUGGGGGAGCAGUCGCAGUGCUACCAGAUCGAGCCGCCGCGGCACGAGGCGCUCAUGCAGCAGUGCAGCAGUGCGGCGUGCGAGCCCGCGUCCGCGCCCACGCACUGGUGGGUCGGCGCCUGGAACCCCUGCUCCACGCCUUGCCACAUGCCCGGCGAAGAAGCAACGAAACAACGAAGUGUUUAUUGUGUGAACAAGUUAACGAAUAACGUUAUACAAGAUUCCGAAUGCGACAUGGCCAUUAAGCCUAUAAGCAUUAUUAAAUGCGCGGACGUUCCGGCGUGCUAA